CUCACUUUCAUUCCUUUCUCUCCUUUCUCUACUUUCAUUCCUUUCUCUACUUUCAUUUCUUUCUCUUCCUUCCUUCAUUUCUCUACUUUCAUUUGCUAUUUACCUCUCCCGAUUCCCUCUCGCAUUUCAUCAUCAUUUGAUCAUGACAAAACUAUUUUGCAUCCUUGAUGGUCAUUCAACCCCCUUCUCAGUUGUUGUUUCGCCGGACGACACAGUUGAUGAUCUCAAAAAAGCAAUCAAGAAGGAAAAAGAACCUGAAUUCGACUACAUUCCUGCCGACAAAUUGAAUCUCUGGCAUGUCUCCAUCGUAAUCGGAGAUGAUGAGGACGAAAAAACUAUCACACUUUCAGAACAUCCAGAUGCAAAAAAGCUUCAUGCAACAAGCGAGAUCUCUGAGGUCUUUGGUUCUGCUCCAGCGAAGAAAACCAUACACGUCAUCGUCCAGCGGCCAUCACAAGGAUCCUCUGCAGGUACGAGUUCUCAAGUCAACAGUAAAUGAGUCUAUUUCUCAAGUAGACUUUCAGCAUCGCAGAUGCUCUGCAUUCAUUCCUUGGGUCUUUUGAUUGAGUUUGCACACCCGGAGCCUAUUCCUAAUGCCCUUUCUUUUCUUUUUUUUUGUGGUUGUGGAUUGAGUCAAUUUCUCGUUUAAUCUUUUGCUACAUGCUGCAGCUUAUUCUAACG